AUGGACAUGAAUGGGCGAGUGCCUCAAGCUUCGUCGUCGUCUGCGACGAGUGUGAGUGACCCCCAUGGUAGAAGAGUGAUUUGCGAUUGUGGGGUUGUUUCUCCACUUAGGACGUCGUGGACAAGAGAGAACCCAAGGAGAAGGUUCUAUGGAUGUGGCUUGUAUCAGGGUAGGAAAAGGAGAUGUGGGUUUUUCCAGUGGCAUGAUCAAGAGUUCAAUCAACGCGAGAAGAAGGUGAUUGCUUGGUUACUUACUGUGGUUGAAGGCUUGAAGAAGAAGGAGAAGAUUUUACUUUGGUGUAUUGGAGUUUGCUGUGUAGUUAUUGUGGUGUUGGUCACAGUGAUUGGCCUUAUGUAUUGGAAGCUCUGA